AUGUACUUUAUCGUUACGUACAAGGAAUACAACAAGGACAAAUCGCUCGAAACCGAAGAGAGUGACUCGUCUCCUGAAAGAAAACGUCGAAAAAUAGAGCCAUACUCGGAAUCGUCCAACUCGGACUUGUCGGACUCCGAAACGUCGGAAGAUUCAUUAGGAGAGGAUGAAAUCACGAAGGAAGAGUUCAAACCUUGGGUGAGAAACAUCGUUGAUAACGGGAUACCAAAAGAAAAGGAGCCGGAGAUAAAGAAGCUUAAAAAACAUCUCCUCAGAUGUAAGAAAGCGCUUGUAGAGACGAUUCGAAGAAGAAAACAUAAAAUCGUAAAAUUGGGGAAAAUCGCUGAAAGAACAGCUCAUGUGCAAAAGAAGAAAAACAUCGACGAAGUAAAACGAGAAGAAAUCCUCAAGCGCUGUGCGAAAGACAAGACGAAUGAAGAGAAAAAACUGCGCAAGAUUGAACGGCGCAUGAGAAACAUCAAGGAGCGAAAACAGAAGAUCGCAUCCCAGCUUUUUCAACUCACUGUUUUUGUAGCACAUGUUACACAUUGA